AUGGCUGCGCGGCAAUGGCCAGUGUGCUGCACAACGCUCCCGCGGACACUGCGCUGCCUGGAAAACCGUGACUGCUCCCGCUGCGUCUGCCUAGCCCCCACCCAGCCAAUCCCGCCGCGUGCCGAACUUGAGCCGCCCGCCGCCCAACCCGCAUCACGUGACGCUAGCGCCCCCAGCCCCCUAGCGCCGCGCCCGCAGAUAUUUAAACCGCGCGCCCCUCGGCCUCCCCCCAUCGUCCGCAUCCAAGUGCUCGGGCUUUACGCUUACCACUGGCCUUCGGGUCGGCUGGGAAUUUUUGACACCCACGUGCACGCUGUGCGCUGCUUUUCGUUGACGCUCGCGGCUUGCUGCGAGGUUGAAGAAGGGCUGAGGCGACGCUGGCGGCGACGCUGGCGCCAAGGAUGGCGGCAAUGGGCUACGACGGCGCUCGUCGCAUGCAACACGCACACAGCUCCAGUGCCUGGCUCACGAGCCGCUGUCGUUCGUGCCAAAGUCAAGUCGCCUGUUGGUCGACUGUUCCCGGCGCCGCGAAACAAGGCUGCACACGGCCAGGCCGCGCAGCAGACAAGUGCAAGUAGCGCAGCAUUCGUCGCUGCAACGUGGGCGACGGCCAUGACAAGCUAA